AAAUAGUCCCUCCCCUUUACAUACCAUACUAACCUAUCAAAACAAUACAAAAACCAAUAUUCAACAAUGGUUUCCAAUCCUAAAGUAUUCUUCGACGUGACGAUCGGAGGCGAACCGGCUGGUCGGAUCGUGCUGGAGCUUUUUGCUGAUGUUACCCCUCGCACUGCCGAGAACUUCCGUGCACUCUGUACCGGCGAGAAAGGCGUGGGUCGUUCCGGUAAACCACUCCACUACAAAGGCUCGAAGUUCCACCGUGUGAUCCCUAAUUUUAUGUGCCAAGGAGGUGACUUCACAGCUGGAAACGGCACCGGAGGUGAAUCUAUAUACGGAUCCAACUUCGCCGACGAGAACUUCAUCAAGAAACAUAUUGGACCCGGCGUACUAUCCAUGGCGAAUGCUGGACCGGGUACUAACAAAUCUCAGUUCUUCAUUUGCACCACUAAAGCCGAGUGGCUCGAUGGAAAGCACGUUGUUUUCGGACGAGUGGUCGAAGGCAUGAAGGUGGUUAGAGCUAUUGAGAAAGUUGGUUCUAGCCGUGGAAAGACUACGAAGCCUGUUGUUAUUGCCAAUUGUGGACAGAUUACUUAAAAAACAACAACAAAAAGUAGGAAUUUGCUUAUGUUUGCCUUUGUUAUUGAAUGUGUUUCAUGUCUUAAAAUUUCAUUUAUACGUAUUCCUUUGUAUUCGGCUAUGUUUCUAAAGUCAUGUUAAUUAGGUUUUACUUGUAAUAAAACAUAAUUAUCUAUUUGUAAAUAAAAAGAGGUUUUACUAGUAAUAAAACAUAAUUAGCUAUUUGUAAAUAAAAA